GCAGAAACAAAGGCUCGAGGUAACUGACCGGCUUCCCUGGUUUUUGAUGCUGAAGCAGGAUUGUUUUAACUAAAGAUGGAAACACUGGAGUCGGAAUUGACCUGCCCAAUCUGCCUGGAGUUAUUUGAAGACCCUCUCUUGCUGCCCUGUGCUCAUAGCCUGUGCUUCAGUUGUGCCCAUCGCAUCCUGGUGUCCAGCUGCUCAUCUAGCGAGUCAAUAGAGCCUAUCACAGCAUUCCAGUGCCCCACCUGUAGGUAUGUCAUCUCCCUUAACCACCGUGGCCUAGAGGGUCUCAAGCGGAAUGUGACACUGCAGAAUAUUAUUGACCGCUUCCAAAAGGCAUCUCUGAGUGGCCCCAACUCCCCCAGCGAGAGUCGCAGAGAGAGAACUUACCGCAACAGCCCUACCAUGUCUAGUGAAAGAAUAGCAUGUCAGUUUUGUGAGCAGGAUCCACCAAGGGACGCAGUGAAGACCUGCAUAACAUGUGAGGUGUCCUACUGUGAUCGCUGCCUCCGGGCUACGCAUCCCAACAAGAAGCCUUUCACAAGCCACCGUCUGGUGGAGCCUGUGCCAGACACACAUUUCCGAGGACUCACUUGCUUUGAGCAUGAGAACGAGAAAGUAAACAUGUACUGUGUUGCUGAUGACCAGCUGAUCUGUGCCUUAUGCAAACUGGUGGGCCGCCACAGGGAUCACCAGGUGGCAUCCCUAAGUGAUAGAUUUGAGAAGCUCAAGCAAACCCUGGAGACGAAUCUUGCUAACUUGGUUAAGCGCAAUAGUGAACUAGAAAACCAGAUGGCCAAGCUGAUACAGAUCUGCCAGCAGGUGGAGGUGAAUACAGCCAUGCAUGAGGCCAAGCUGAUGGAGGAAUGUGAUGAGCUCAUGGAAAUCAUCCGGCAGCGUAAACAAGUGAUUGCUGUCAAGAUCAAAGAGACUAAGGUUAUGAAGCUGAGGAAGUUGGCUCAGCAGGUAGCUAACUGCCGGCAGUGUCUGGAGCGCUCAACAGUCCUCAUAAAUCAAGCAGAACAUAUUCUGAAAGAGAACGACCACGCACGAUUCUUGCAGACCGCCAAAAAUGUGGCCGAAAGGGUCGCCAUGGCAACUGCAUCCUCUCAAGUUCUGAUACCAGAUAUCAAUUUUAAUGAUGCCUUUGAAAACUUUGCUUUAGAUUUUUCUAGAGAAAAGAAACUGUUAGAAGGUCUGGAUUAUCUAACAGCACCCAACCCACCAUCAGUUCGAGAGGAGCUUUGCACUGCCUCCCACGACACUAUUACUGUCCACUGGAUCUCAGAAGAUGAGUUCAGUGUCAGCUCCUAUGAGCUCCAGUACACCAUCUACACUGGCCAGGCCAACUUCAUAAGCCUGUACAACUCCAUGGAUAGCUGGAUGAUUGUCCCCAACAUCAAACAGAACCACUACACAGUGCACGGGCUUCAGAGUGGCACCCGAUACAUCUUCCUUGUCAAGGCCAUAAACCAAGCUGGCAGCCGGAACAGUGAACCCGCCAGGCUCAAGACAAACAGUCAGCCCUUCAAGCUGGACCCCAAGAUGACUCACAAAAAGCUGAAAAUCUCCAACGAUGGGCUGCAAAUGGAGAAAGAUGAGAGCUCCUUGAAAAAGAGCCACACGCCUGAGAGGUUCAGUGGUACUGGGUGCUAUGGUGCAGUGGGCAACGUAUUCAUCGACAGUGGAUGCCACUACUGGGAGGUGGGGGAGGGCUCCUCAACCUGGUAUGCUAUUGGCGUAGCAUAUAAGUCUGCCCCAAAGAAUGAGUGGAUUGGCAAGAACUCCUCCUCCUGGGUCUUCUCUCGCUGCAACAACAACUUCGUGGUGAGACACAACAACAAAGAAAUGCUGGUGGAGGUCCACCCUCAGAUGAAGCGCCUUGGCAUCCUCCUGGAUUAUGACAACAAUGCCCUGUCCUUCUAUGACCCGGCAAAUUCUCUCCAUCUGCAUACGUUUGAAGUUUCUUUCAUUCUCCCAGUCUGUCCAACAUUUACCAUCUGGAACAAAUCUUUGAUGAUCCUCUCAGGCCUGCCUGCCCCAGACUUCAUAGAUUACCCAGAGCAGCAGGAGUGUAAUUGCAGGCCCCAGGAGUCCCCGUAUGUAUCAGGGAUGAAAGCUUGUCACUAAGCUGCAGCCUGCACCUCCUGUUCUCCACAGUCCUGCGUGGAGAUUGUUAACAGGAGCUAGUAGUCAGCAGCCAGCCCUUGGGAGCUUCCGAACAGCCUAGAUCAAGGAAGCACUUCCUGCAGCCAGCUAUAUAGUGCUCAGCAAGCAAAUACUCUCUCACAUGAAGCUAAUUUUUUUAAGGGGGGUGUGGGGAAGAAACUUUAAAAAGCUGUUAAAUAAACUUUGUUGACAAGCUCCAUUUCUUUGUGAAUGAAGCUUGUGAAACUCCCUUGUGGUGUGAUUGAAUUUCUCAAACCAGAUUGUCAUGUGGAUUGUUUUGGUUUUAUUUGGGGGCUGAGGACAGUGGUGGGGGAGGCUUAGUGCCACCUCCUUAGCCACUUGGAUGGGCACAAUGCUGGUUCCAUGGUCCCCUCAAGAGAUAUUGGUGGAGUGGAUAUAUCCAAAGGAGAGUGGUAAGAAAACAGCUCUCUCCAGGUAUGAGCUUGUAGAAGAGCAGAAUCAGCAAGGCCUCGUAGCCUUGCAAGAAAUGCUAAGCAGGCCUGCAAAAUCACCAGUCAGGCAGGAAGCUCCAUUUAGCAGCAUCUUCAGGACAAAAGAUAAAACAAGCAGCGUAACUCUUAUAUCCAGAGAAGUGCCCACAACCAGAAAGCUAGAGCCUUUUACACAGUAAGCAGUAUGUUUAGGUGGAACUGGCACUGGGAGAACUGUUCUCUCAGGGAUGAGCCUGCUGCCUUCAGCAGCAUUCAACAACUCCCGCUCGUCAAGCACUCAGAUCUCAAAUCCUGUGGCAGAGGAAAGUUAAGCCUAUCCCUAUCCCUAUUUUCUAACUGUCUUCUUUAGGAGGCCAUAUUUCAGUGUAAAUCAGGGAGACCCCAGCCAAGCCAGCCCACUGGCCGAUACCUAAUCUGUGUGAUGUAGAACAAAUUGAGGUCCAGUUGUGCAGCAUUGGUUCCAUCAUGCAGUGUUCCCUCUCACUGUUAGGAUAUGUUGUGUUUUGCUUUGGAGAUGUGACCAGGCUGUAGAAGCCAACACGUCACAUGGAUAUCUCUGCUUCAACUUCUCAUGGUGUAAUGCAAGAUGUUCCCCCAGAAAGAGCGUUAUCUUCUGUGAAUGGGGGCUUUGGAAAGAGCCAGGGUCACCUUUCAUGUUGCUGCUGUUGCCACCUGGCAAGGGAAGCUCAGACAGGCAGAGCAGAAUCAUCUGCACAGAAGCGAAAUGGAGCAAGUGGUCCAUAAGGUAUGUGAUUACUCUGUAGUGUGUGAGGAAUUUAUCCAUUAUUUAUGUGCAAGAGCUGUACCAUUGCUUCUGCACAGAGAUCUACUCAGAAUGCACUUUCUUUUCCAUAGGUUGAGUUUGUUUGAGGUUUGACUGGCAAAUUAUAUAAAGGCAGAUAGCAAAAAGAUCAAAAUUAGUCCCAGAAAUGGCAGGGCAGCCUGUCCUGGCAACAUUUGUUGGAAAUAUGACCACUUCCCCUGUCUGAGAAAACACAGGGCUAUUCCCAAAGCAAAAUUUAGUCCCAGGGCCUUCACAUUUGCAGGGACUCUCCAUCCUCUUGCCAUUUAUCUCAGUUUUUUGAGAACCCCCAAGGUCUUUGCUAAUCCUAUUUUGUCAGGCUGUCUCCCUAUCCAGGCACCUCAAACUGCUAUUCAAGCAGAAUGAGACUGACUCUUCAAACCAGACUAUUUCACUUUUUUAUAGUGAGGAGCCUUUUUACCCAGUCAUCAACACUGACAGAAGUUAGGCAGGGGAAGGUGGAUCCUGAGGAGAAAAAACCUAGAGGAUGCAAACACUGCAAACUGGGGCCUUGGUUUGAUUGGGGAGCUAGAUGUUGUAAUUCCACACAAAUGAGAAACAGUAUGAAGUCUUAUUUCCAUGGAUGCAAAGGAAAGGCUGUGCUAUGGCUAUGGACAGAUUCAGAUUAGGUUUGCACCCUGCCUACCAAAAGCUGUGAGAAGUUUGUUUGGUGAUACCUUUUACUGAACCAAUUAUAUAUUUGGGGGAGAUGUGCCUGAAAGCUUGUCUAACAAAGUGCCCUUCCUCUGGGAAAAAAGCAGACAGGGCUGAAGCUAAAUACCAGGUAGAACAAAUUGCUUUAUGUACCCCAUUAUGUAAAUGAAAAUAGCCCCUUCAAGGAGAAAAAGAGGCGAGUAAUUCAGCUAACUUCUGUUUGUUCCACAGGUUUACUGUCCUCUUCCAUUUCUUUAUUUUCAUUGACAUGGAGUUAAACAAAAGUCAUUGUUCUACAGUAUUUAGCUUGAGCUGUAUCUGCUUCUUUCCCAGACCUGAGGAAAGCAGUUUCACCACCAUCUCCCCUAACAUCUCUCCCAGUAAAAGAUUAUUACCAAACAAGUCUUGCUUCUCAUGUAUUUCCUAGAUUAUUGUAGCUACAACACUAAAGUCCUGCUUCAAAGGACAGAAGCUAUGCUGUGGCUACUUGCCCACCAGUCCGUUGGCUUUUCUUUUGCCAUCUGAAAGGGAUACCUUGCUUAAGGGGCCCAGCGUCAAACUGACAUCAAUAAAACUUCCUAGUUUGAGAAAUCUUUCUUCUGGACAAGGAGUCUGGCUGACAGGAUCCAGACCAGAAUCUGGGUUUCAUUGGAAAUUCUCCCUCUGGCAACAUUUCCUUGUUUGAGCUUCUUGGGGGUCCUGUGGAAUGGCUCCUUCAUGAACUGAAAUUGUCUUUAAUUUUUCCUCUUUUUUUUUUCAAAUGGGGAGAGAGCAUUGUGUCUUGCUGAUGGGAAAACUACCUCAUAAUGCUGCCUCUUAAGACAGGCUGAUUCAUUCAGAUGGAGUGAUUUCAGUAAGUGGGCAACUUACCAUGUUGAAGGGAGGUUCAUAGACAGUGGGGUUUUUGAGCAGACACAGAGAGAGGCUUGUUAAACUUGGAUCUGUAUGUAGCAUGCACUUGGGCUGCCGUCCAAUCAUCUCCUGGGCUCAGAGAAUACAGACUCAGAGUGGGACAGCCUGCAGAGCAAUGCCAGCCACCUGGAGAAAACAUCUGAGAUUUCCUUACUUGAAUAAGAUAGUAAGUGUAUUGCCUCCUCCCCACCUGCGUUCUGCCUUCCUGAACUAUCUGAGGGGCUUUGAUUCUGUUUGACAUGCACUUCCUUUGCCUGAGCUUUGCCUUCUUUAUCUUCAUUUCACUCUAGCAGCUUCCUCACCUCUCACAAGCCGUUGUGUACCUCAUUAUGCAGCUGCCACACUCACGGACAAAGUCUGCAGCAUCACAUCCUUCUUUAGGGUUUGAGUAAGGACAGGAUGUGCCUGCAUUCCCUCCAGCUAUGUCAAAUAAGUUCUUUGGGCAGCACAUUGUAAAAGGUUUGCAGUUCUGGCUGAUAUGAAAGAUAGGAAAGGCUGCAGAGCCUUGAACAAUCUGUGCUGAAGGAUACUUUUCAUUAACUCUGAGUUGCUGUCAGUACCAGCAGAAAAGUGAUAGCUCCUCACAGGGAUGGGGUGUCUAAAGAGCAUAAUUGAUUCGCUCUACAAAUUUCUCGCCCUUAUGAAUUCAGCAGUUACUGUGACUGGUUGCCUAAUGGUGGGUUGGGGGGGUGGAGGGGCAAGGUAUUUUCUCUGCAGAAAAAUUAUAUGCCCCCUGGUGCUGUUCUGGAAAUGGAAGAUGGAUUGGCUUUCCCUGACACUGAUCCGGGCUGCUAUUGCCAUCAUUGAAGGGCAGUAAUUCAUAGGGUGUGAUGGACAACUUCAGAGCACAGGGAAGGUUUUUACUUGUUUACCCUGGCCCAAGCAUCGGCCAGCACUGGGUAGGGAUUCAAAGCUGCAUAGCUGCCUUACCCUGCAGCUAAGCACAAAAUCACAUUUGUUUUAUGGAGAUAAAUUGCCAUUUUCAAGUUGAUGUUUUCAGAGCCACAUAGGGAUACCAUUUAAUUCUGUCCCCUUUGUGGUGAGCCCAACAGGCUGCUAGUGCAUCCAUCUUGAAUGGAUGCCUGAGUACUAUAGAUGUAUUCUAGCCUUUGUAAAAUGGGUGCCAAGCUUUUGUUGCCUGGCCCUGGCACAGUUCUGACAGAAUUUCUGUUGGAGGACUCUGUCUCAUCCAUUAACUCAGAGCACACGAGCCAUUAACGUGAUGUUUGCACGUAAUGAAAUUGCACUAGUUACAGUAGGGUUAAGUAUUGAAACAAUGACAGACGGGAGGGGAACCAUAGUGCUUAUGUGGCUGGUGGGAAAGAGAAGACCCAGCACAGUCCAAAGAAAGUGCUGAGGUUAGGAACAAUUUCUAAGUUGCCUGCAUUUUUCUCUGCAGUAUUUCUUUAAUAGCAAAACCUGACCACAAUUGUUAUUAAAUGGAGGGUGGGGAAAGCAAGUCAUUUGCCUCUCUUAGACAAGUCCAGGAGUGAAGUCUGGUUCCUACACUAGAAAACUCAGUCCAAGUCAGGCACCUACACUAGAGAGCCAUCCCCACUUCUGCAGAUGUAGAUGGAUCCUCUUUCCAGGCAAAACUCCCCUGCUGCUUGUUACCUUUGCCUUCACCCUGUUAGCAACCAAUCCCAUUGGUGAAAACUGACUGGUGGAAUAGUGACACAAUGGCAAUUUCAACCAAUCCAAACCCAUCCAGCUUCUGCUGCCCCUGACUUUGAAUGAACGCGGAAAGCUUUCUGUCUUUUUGCAGCAUCCUGUUCAGAGGGGUUGCAGAAUCACAGAGGGAAAAGGACCAGUGACUAUUGGUUCGAGUCACUGCAGGAAGUUCAUGUGUCAUCUGUAUUUCUGCCUCUUGCAGGGCUCUGUGCUGCUGAUGGAUGUUUGUAUCAUAGUAUCCAUUGUAUAUGACUUGGGAUGUGGUGAAAUUCUGGUUACAGUGCAACUCUCAUACUUUCUCUUCAUAUGUAACAUAUUUGUUUUGUUUUGGGUUCUUUGCAACUUCUUUGUUA